AUGAAGUCGAGCUCUCGAAAGCCAUCGUCCAACGCGCUGCUUGGUGAUAAGCGCUCCCCUCCAGUCACUGCCAAGUCACGACGUAAAUCGAACACUGGAAGCCAUGGAGACGGCGCUGGAACUUACAGUCAUUCGAACUAUGACCACGGACGUCAAAUUCCCCCUUCUCAGCCGCAGAUCCUACCAGUAGGGGGUACAGACUUGCUGCUUCAACUUCAACAGCUUCAACAACAAAAUCUCGCUGCGUUUUGCUACCCAGGAGCAGCUCCCGCGUUGCCAGCAUAUCCAUCCACCGCGUACCCAGGACUGCAACAGCAACACUUCUUGACUACACGAAGCACUUCCAGCACAAGUCGAGAACCAUGGGGAGGUCCACCGAGUGAGAAAAGUGGUCAGGUGCUUGAGCAACUUGGAUCGGUGUUACAACAGAUGAAACAAGAGUCCGAAGGAUCAGCAGCUGCGUGGCGUGAAAAACUCGCGGAGACGACACAAUUGACGGAGCAACUCGCGCAAACUCGAGAGCAAUUAAGCGUCGUCACUAACAACGAACGUGCCACUAGUGAAGAACUUGUGCGUGUCCAAGAAGCGCUUAGCAAACUGGAAGCUGGGACUGCAGAGAAUGCGAUUCAUCAUCGCGAAGAAUUGUCAGUGCUGAACGAUGAAGUUCAGAGACAACAACAAUGCGCCAAAGAGAUGCGUGAAAAAUAUGAUGCAGAACUCAACGAGCAGCAAACCGAACUACAAAACACGUGUGCUCAUUAUGAAGAGCAACAACAAACUCAAUGUGAAGAAUUUCAAGCAGAGAUAGCAACACUUCAGCAUUCUCAUGAAUCGAAAAUCCAGGAAUUGGAUGCUCAACUAACCACAGAGCGUGACAAGAUGCUUGAAAAACUACGUGAACUGGAACAGGCAAAGCAAGAGCUUGGACAGCAUUUGUGGAACGCCACGAAAGAAAUUGAAGCUACUCAUCAACGAGAGCAAGAGCUGCAGUCACAAGCUCAAGAAGAUCUCACUCGGAUGCAAGAAGCCGCAAAGUCACGUGAACGGGAGCUGCAGAUGCAGUCGGAAGCCCAACGCAACCAACUCCACGAUGAGCUGAAGAAACAGUUGGACGCUGCAACGGCGAGUAUUAACGAGGAGCGAGCUCAGAAGGAAGAGCUCAAUGCUCUGAUGAUCACUGAAGUGUCUCGAUUCCAAGCACAGCUAGAGCAAAUGAGUCAACAACAUGCAGCAGCGCUUGCUGAGCGCGGAAAACAGGCCGAAGAAGAGCGAGUUCAAGCUCUAGACCUCCGAGAAGAGGCUGAACGUGUUGUGCGUGAAGCGCAAGAUGAACUCCGAGAUCUUCGUGCCCAGUUGCAAACCACUAAAGCGGACAAAGCUCGUCUUGAGGCACAAGGAUCCGCUGAAAACGGGAUACUUCAAGAGCUCAAUGAACAGCUACGAGAGACAGCAGGACAACUGGAAGAUUCCAAUACUCAGCUCGAGCGGCUUUCAAGUCGAUGCGAAACUGCAGAACGACUGACACGCCAAUGUCUUGACCUCAUCACGCCUAAUUCUACGUCGGACAAUGAAGAGAAUGACGAUAAUUUAGCUGGGAACGAAGACGCGUUAGCACUGUUGCCAGCGGUGUUUCAAGCGCUCAAGCAACUCACGAAAGCCUCUAGUUCACUUGAGCCCUUACAGUUAAAAGUCCUUCGCUUGCAACAAGAACGAGAUGGUGAUCGUGAGAGGUUUAAAACACUUGAGCAAGAGCUGCAAACACAGUUGCAAAACACUCAACAAGAAGUGGAAUCUGCGCGUGAGGAUGCCAAAACGCUGGCUGAGGAACUGGCGAAGCUGUCUCAAGAUGCUGGUGGCCACGAAGCGCAACUGACGCACUCAAACGAGCAACUUCGGCAACAAAUUCAGGAGCUCGAACAUCUCCGAUCCGUUAGUGCGUCACAGCUUUUGCAGCUUCAGAAAGUGCUGGACGCACAGCGCACUCGGAGUGCAGCUCUGGAAGCCGAGAAGCGCGAAUUAUUAGCUGAAGCGGAGCAGCUCAAUGUCAGUCUGGAAACUCAGUACCGAGUUGUGAAUGACAAGCAGCUAGAACUCGAGCAAGUGCGUGGAUCGUAUCGAGAACUUCAGCUGACGCAUGGAGAUCUGCAAGAAACGCAUUCAGACUUGGAGGAAAGCGCCAGAAGAACGAACGAACAUCUCGCUACCCAGCUACAACGCGCACAGGAAGAAGUGCAGACGAAAAUACGGGAGGUUGAAGAGCUUCGAAGUGAGCUGGAACGAGUUGCACAGACUAUGAGUGAAGAGAGAGACGAGCUGGCACAUGCGCGGGAUGCAGAACAGGCUCAGCGCUCACAUAGCGAACGGGAGCUAUCUCGAGCGUUAGAGGAAAAGACCCAGCGACUUGAAGAGAUGCUUACUAUGCUCACUCAUUUACAGAGUAAGGUGGAGCACCUAGAACAAGCUCGUGCUCAAGAUGCUGAGCUUUCUCGUCAGCAACGUGAUACACUGGUGCUUCAGUUGUCUGAGACUCAACAGGCUCAAGCCCGAGCGGAAAACGCGUUCGCUGCAGCUGUCCAAUCGCAGCACGAGACUCAGAAUCAAGCACGAUACGAGGUGGAGCAGCUUCGAGCGACGCUCACACCGCAAUUUGCUGAGCUGGAAGCGCAGAAGGAGUUGCAAGCUACAGAACUGCGUCGAUUGGAAGCGGAACUCGAACGUGCGUCACGUACCAAGCAGUCACUGCAGCUAGAGCUCCAGAGAGCUGCAGAUGAUGCUCAAGAUGCACUGCGAGCUGUUGAAGUGGCUCGUCGAGAUGCACGAGCUCAAGCUCACCAGCUAGAAGAGGAACAUGAAAAACUUCGACAAGAACUGGAGGCUGUACGGCUUGAGAACCAAGAGAGCGCCGCUUUGUCCGAAGAAUUGCAGAGCAAGAUCACUACGAUCCAAAGUGCCGCGAAUGCAACGAUCGAUGACCUGGUCUCGGAGCUGCAAGGAGCUCAAGACGCUCUUGAGCUCGAGCGUGCUCGUGCGAAGAAAGAGAAGGAUGGAGGUGGCAUUCGCUCGCAGCUACGAGAAGUCGAAGAGCAGAUACGCACACGUGACGCACAACUUCGCGAGAUACGAGAUGGAGCUGCUCGGACACAAGAAGAACUGGAAGAGCGUUUGAGCGAAUUGGAAUUGAAGUUGCAACGCACGACAAACACUCUUGAGGGCAAAAAACAGGAGUGUGACGCGAAAGGUCGUGAAAUGGAAAAUUUAUCACGUCGUGCAAAUGAGGCUGAACGCAAAUUAUCACCACUCGUUGCGGCUCGAGAUGCACUGCAAGCCAAAGCGAGCGAGUUGAAGCUGGCUUUAGACACGAAGGUGCGUGAAGCUCAGGACGGAGAAGAGAGAGCUCGUGACGAGGUUCUUCGAGUAGCUCGUGAACGGCGUGCACUUGAUGCGCAGCUUGCAGAGCUUCGUGAUGAAGAUGAAGCCUCACAACAGCAAGUUACACGCGCACAGCGUGAAGCUCAGGCGAUGAAGCAAGCUCUAGAACGUGCAAAAGUGGAACUUAGUCGAUCAGGGACAGAGCUAAGAGCAGCUACGCAGAGACUGGCGAAUAUCCAGCAGGCUGCGAACCAAACUAUAGCCGACACCACUUCUCGGAUGCAAGCAGCUCAACAACAGGGCGAACGCACAGCAGCUCGACUGCAACAAGAACUUGAUUUGGAGCGUGAACGUCGUCGUGAGGCUGAAGUACAUCGAGCUGAGCUACAACGUGCAUUACGACAGCAAGUACAGUCCCCAGCACUGCCAACCGGUUCCAGAAGUGACGUCAACAAUAACCAAGCACGAAUCAAUGUGGAGGAUAGCGCUUCGAAUCCAGAGAUAGUAGAACAACAGUCGUCAGGUGGAAAUGGCGAGUACCGCAAAUUUUACGCCAACGAACCGCUGACAUCAGCAGAAUUAUCCAGCUUGCCUAUGGCAGUCAUUAAAGCUCAACUAGGACUCGAGUUCAGCCAAAGUAACAGCUCUUCCGCUUCAACUUCCAAGUCUAGCAAAAAUACGAGCAAGUCCAAGAUACAGGAGCAGCAUACGGGGCGAUACGCUGCAAGUAAAGAUAACCACGCUGACGAUGACGAUUCCAUUCCGCUUCUUCCAUUGGGAAAUUUGCCUUUCUCACCGGAGGCGGAUGGCAGCGACAGCUCACAUAACAGUCCAAGUGAUGUGGCUCCGAGCGAUGGACGUUCAGGUUCCUUACAGCUACCGAGUUCAAGAAGUACCCAGCGCUCGAAUGGCAAUUGCCGCUUUUCGCUCUCCAGAAACAACGCUGCGUCCCCCGCAACGAGUACGAACAGCAGUCAAUCAACUCGCAAGAAUUCAAUGACAAAUGCUAGCACCAAGAAGAAGAAAACUAAGCAAUCUCGACCUGUUGGGCUACCUUCCGCGUCAGGAAUACCUUACAGCACCACCUCUUCCAGCUUAUCCCCGAUUAAACAGCAAAAAACAAAAGCACGUGGCAAGCUCUUGCCUCGAAUAAAUCUGCAGUAA